AUGGCCGAGCCAGUCAUCUUCGGAGGCUCACCACUGGACCAAUACCUACACGACGCCCAUCGCUCGCAGGCUGCAACAUUCCCAGUCCAUCUCGAUCACACCGAUGAAGUAACACAGACAUCCACACACGCAAGUCGAGUCCAUCUUGCCUCGACACCCCACCUUGCUCGUUCAUCGAUCUCCGGGCGCAAUCAAGGCCUUGUCACAGCUGCAUUCUCGCCGGCAUCUGCGACUACACAGUCCACGUCAUUCGCUUCGCCGCUCGGCCUUGUGUGGCGACUCGCAAGCACCGUCCUCCUUCUGACCCUACGCUUUCUCCGGACCACGGUGUUCAUGUUCGACCAAUCCUUCUCCGAACUACAACAAACCAGAACGCCACCAAAGAUGAGCACGGAAGCACGCGAAUCAGCCCAAGACAGCAGCAACAGCUUUGUAGAGAGGUUCAAGUAUGUCAUUUGCUCCUCUUUCCUCCUCACUCCCAGCCUCUCAAUCUCGUUCUACGAAUCCAGUCCACCGUUCCAAUCACAGCAACCCGAUCAACGCAGAGAGUCCCACGUCACGCCCGCUUCAGCUCGUGUGAAAGGCGCUCGGGUCAGCACCGUGCCCAUCUGCAAGCAUGGCUACGCCGAGCCAACAAAUGCGCCAUUCGUGCGAUCUCCAAGUGCCAUCCGCGCGCCCCACGCCGUCCACAAACGCCCGACUCGACUCGAUCCGCAAGGUCGUCUGGCUUGCAACGUCGCUGUUCUAUCUGCUCUCCUUCUGCUGCCACCCAUCAGCCCCUCAUGGUGGUUGUGGUUCUCCACCUGGCUCCUGAUAGCUUCCUUUUCAUCAGCCUUUGUGAUCCUCCUCAACCACAGCUCGGUGGUUGACAAGAUCGAGUUCACAAUCUCGCGCCAAAGCAUCAUCAAUCCAAACACAUCGUCCGCAUCGCUACGGAAUCUCUCAAUAUCGCAAGCUUUUGACCAUUCCGAAAAAGAAGCUCUUCAACGCGCCGUCCUCAAAGAUGUCUCUGGUCUCGUCAAAGCAGCGCAGUGCUUUGACAUUUCGAUCAACAAGGCCAUCAGUGCUGUCCAAGAGGUCGAGGUCGUCUCGCGUGGCUACAGGCUGUCGCAUCCGCUGCCACCCAUCUCAAGGAUUGAGGCCGCGUCCGCUUUACCUCAUCUUGCCUCCCCCGCUCGGAAACGCCGAUCGAUCGCCGCAUCACCCGGUCCCACCAAUGGCCAGCUGGGCCGAUCCCUUUCCGGCGGAGGCAACGGUGCCCCCACCGUCAGACGGCACACCCAACGGCCACUGUCUCUCAACCUAUCCAGCGGUCGCAUGUCGCCACUCGACCGUCCUUCAGGACGCUCCUCGCCCGUUGUGCCUUCUGAAGCUGGCCUCCCCAACCUCCCGCAAAAACUGCUUACCGAGCAAAGCACAGCCGCUCUCGCCACCGGCAGACCUGUGCCGAUGAGACUGAUAGAGCUGCGCAAGGCUGUUAUUGCAGCCUUGGACAAUGUCGGCGUCACCUUCACCUCCAUCAUUGCGCCACUGCAAACGAUUGCCGACGCAGAGGAACUGGCCUUGCUCCACGAACUGUACGCUCUCGACGGAACUUUGCGCGAUGAAUCCAACGAGGUCGACGCCGAUGCAUUGCAUGCAUGGUCCAAUGCCGAUAUCUCGGCUCUCUCCGACACUUCCCACGACCUUGAACAUGAUCGCAAACCGUGGAUUGCAACUACCCCGCGUAACUUUGGCAGCACCGUCCGUUCCGCCACAGGUGUGGACGGCUACGGCAACAUACUCGGGCUGCCAGAUUUGAGCCCACAAACAACCUCGACCAAUCAUAAGAGGCUCUCGCUUGUCUCGGACGCAGGCUCGAUUCUGGACCGACCCUUACGUGCAUCUUCCUCUUUGUCACGCUGCAGUAGCCUGGUCUCAGAGACGGAUCACGUCGGCAACUAUCGAUCGCCCAGAUUCAACUACGUAUCCGAAAAAUCAUCAGGAGCGUCCGGCCCCAACGAAUCUGCUGCUGCAAAGCGCCUUAGCUACGUUUCCAACUCCAGCUCGUCGAUCGCCUCGCCCGUGAUGCGAAAUUCUUCCGUCCUCUCGUCGACUUUUACCCCUCCCCAUUCUUCAGCUCCGACCUAUUCGGCCGCCACCAGUCCUCAAUCCAGGGCGACUAAGCGCAGCUCGAUUGUCGGGCCCAACUCAAUCUUUGCGCAACUCGAUCCAAACAUGUCCGUUUUGAACCGCACGGAACCGACCGACCCCUUGUCGCUACUGACCGUCAAGGCCAAGUUUGAGUGGAUGCAUAGAGCUCGAAGACGUUGGCUCUGCCACCUUCUGGCGCUCAAUUUUACAAUGAGCGAUCGCGUAAGUCUGUCAAACGGCGACAGCUUGCCAUGCGACGAGUAUUGGACGUUGGCUCGCUCCACAAUUGCAUCCGUCCAUGCGGCUCUCCAAGCACAGACCAAGGCUGUCACGGAUAAGGUCGCAUCAGAAAUGGGUCUGGCUUUACUCUCGACUUCCAAGGCCGAACGGACCGCUACCAGCCUCGGUGAUGAGAGUAUGCCGAGUGAAUCUCGUCACGGGUUAUUAGCGGUGCCCAACGGUGUCGCCAGUGCGCCGUCCAUCAUUGGCCAUCCGGGCAUCGAAGAUCGACUUUACGCCAUGAUGCUUUCGCUGCGCUCCUUGCAGUCCAAGAUUCGAGUGUGCGCCGAGGACAUUCGGGUCAAAGCUCCCCCAGGCUUGUAUGGCUUCCAGGACACACACUCGCCACAGAGCAUUGAAUCUGUGGAGCGCGAGAUCGACGAUGUUGCCGCCACUCUACAGCUGGAGAAGACGCUGGAAUCGAUGCGUGAAGACUUUUUGGGUCUGUCGGCUGAAUGGGAGUCUACCAUCAAGCUCAUCCACAAGGAAAAGCGCAGGUCGCCGAGUCCACAAGCAAGCACCGACAAUGAAACCGACGUAUUCAAGGCGAAUGCUGCGCGCGAGCUGGUAUCACCUCUCGAGGCGGAUGAGGACGCCGCCGAUUCAUCGCAUGACAGCCAUGGCGAGGGGCGUGCGUUCGACGACGUUCUUCCUACAUCUCAUAGCCUGGCUCCAGACCACGAGCCGCUCCACGCAAGUGGCGACGAGGACGACGCCGACCUCGCAGCGCUCUUGCUCAGCUCCACUUCACCCAACUCUUUACCGCCCCCCGGCUUAGAACAGGUAUUUGAAAGCAUCGCAGGUAUGGCACGGCUAUCUGGACUCGAAGUUGACGCCUCGAAGCCGAGUCGAGCAGAGCGAAUCGAGCAGGCCCAUCGUCAGAGGGAGCAACGGAAACACGAAACGCAUGCCAAAGAGCAGACAUUGCAUCGCCACACGAUGGAUCCAUCAAGCAUGAUGUCCGAGCUGAACGAAGUCAUCUCCUCGCGAAAAGCCGUCCGAGAACAACAUCAUCGAUCAUCUCUCCCGUAUAGUGCGGCAGAGGAAACUGAGGCCACAACGAUGCUGCGCGAAUCCUCUGCGGCGUCCUUUGAAGCACAACCAGCUUUGGCGCUGGGUUCACCUCUCGAUCUGGGCGCAACCGGACAUACAGGCGUCUUUGGUGGCUCGCCAAGUCUUGUGGAUGAGCAAGCAGCUAUGCCACGAAGAUCGCUGUCGUCGCUUGACCUGGCGCGCGCACGAGCAUUGCAGGCACUGGAAGCUCGUUCUCCCUCGGUAGCGUCGUCCGCGUCCUACUCGUUCGACAGCGGCGAAGAGAGCAUGUCUCGACAUUCCGACGACUUUUCGUUUGAGCCGACUGCGUUGGAGUCGGUGCCCGAGAACGAGACGGCGAGUCUUUUGGCGGGCGAGUCUCCGUCCGUCUUGGAUUCAGCUUCGAGAAAAUCAACGCCGAAAGCGGCUACUGCAUCGUUGGCGAGUUUGAAUGCUACACCUGUGCCUGUGCCGGAUAGCCCGUUUGAUCUGGGUGCGCAGGUGGCAGCAUAUGCUCGGAGGAAGAAGGAAGAAAAGCGGGCGGCAAUGCAAGCUUCCCGAUCCGGCUCGAGUGUUGGUUCGCAAGUCGAGCAGUAA